CUCCAGAUUACCUCCAAUUCGCCGCUUCCGCAACUGAUUGUAUGGAUCAGUGUGACGCCGAAACAGCAUUCAACUGCUGGUCAUACAGUUAUGUGGACAACAGGUGCCAACUUAGUGGAGACAGCAGUGUCACGUGGGGACGAGAUGUUGAACUACCGACACAUCCUGGUGCUCUGUAUGGAGAACUGAAGUGCUUUUUUGAACAAUGCGAUAAUGGGGUAAUGACUUUUGAAAAGAUGACAGGAGUUUUGCUGCGGUCAGCUCAAGGUACCAUGAUGAAAGUGAACAAAGCUGGAGCCCUGGGGAACACCCUGGAAUGUGCCAAGAUCUGCCUAGACGAUGGCACAGAAUGCCCGGCCUUCAGCGACCACUACCACAACAUGAGAUGUGACAGAUUGGACAGGAACUCGAACGGGAGAACUCAAGAACUUAUCGCAAGAGACGGGGAAAGUUAUUUUGAGAAGAUAUGUCUCCAAGGUCCAGAAGCUCAGGCAUGUUCCGACAAGGCAUGGGCGUUCGAAAGAGCAUUAGGCUACGAGCUGGCUGACGGAUUGUAUCAGAAGACCAUCACCAAAGUGGAAACUCGUACCGUAUGCAUCCAGCAUUGCCUAUCCGAAAGAGAGUUCACCUGCCGCUCGGCAAGGUACGACGAAGAGAGUGGGGAAUGCAAACUGUCAGCAGCAGACAGGAGGACAGAACCGAUGAAGUACUAUCGCAGUGAAGAUGCCCGUGUGAGCUAUCUUGAAAACAGUUGUUUGCCAGUGGACACAUCAUGCCCGUACGUCGAGACAGAAGAUGCUUAUCCCACUUAUGCAAACAUCAUUCAAACAGAAGGUGUAUCCACGCUGGAAUCCUGCAGAGACCUCUGCAACAACCUGCUUCGCUUCUCAUGCCGAUCUUUCUCCUAUUACUCAAGUGCAUUGCAAUGUUUCCUCAGUGGUGACGACAAAGCCAGUGGCGGAUCUGCAGCAAUCCAGCGUCGUCCUGGUAUCAUCUACUACGAAAGAAUGUGUCCUCAGCCCAGCACUAUAGAUUCGUUCACUGAGACCACAUCUUCUCUCAUCACUGCCACUUCACCAGCUCCAUUACCGACGCAGGGAAUAUCCAGUAACACACAAGCCCAGUUUCAGGAGAAAGAAACUACCCAGAAGACUAGACCACCUUACCAACCAGCAGAGCCUUCACGUCCAGAAUGCAGCCCAACAGAACGCCUCAUCUUCGAGAAGUUGACCGGAUACGAGCCUUUCGGUGUAACUUCCACUCUGUUGUACCGAGGUGACAGUUCGACUCCUGGCAUUACUUCAGAAUGCGUCCGGCGAUGUCAGGCUCUGUCUGACUGCCGAUCUUUUGUUCUGGACCACCAGCGGUUCGAAUGUUCCAGUAUACAAGACCCACCAAGUAUCCAUCCAGCUGAUUUCCGGUCAUCGAUAGGGAAGACUUUUUUCGGAGGCAUUUGCGUACCAGCAUAUGUUGGGUGCUCUAAAUUAUGGGUUUACGAGAGGCUCAUGGAUCACGAACUGCAAGGACUUUCUCCAAUUGACGUCGUCCGAGUCGUCAGCCUGGAACAAUGUCAACAGCACUGCUUAGAAACUCGGAAAUACGUGUGUCGUUCUGCCAAUUACUUUCAUUUGAGGAGGGAAUGUCAUGUUUUCGGAGAUGACAGGACUGCUGCUAAGUCUCAUUUGGUGGACUCAAGUAGAGUGGACUACUUCGAGAAUCAAUGUCUUGUUGAAACGUCAUUUUGCCCGUACCAGAAAUCAGAGGAAGACAUGGCCAUGGUGUACGUCACCAAAUCCAUAUCAGACACGCCCUCUACCCUUCACUGCGAGCGGGAAUGCAACAGGGAGAGAGAGUUCAACUGCAGAAGUUACACCUUCUGGGAUCAAGGCGCUCGUGGUAGCGUGUGUAUGCUCAGCGCAGAGAGUCGCCUUACUGGACAAGAUGUGGGGAUAUCCUACAGACAAAGUGCCACCUACUCUGGGAAGAACUGCAAGACAUCAAUAUCCGACCCCAGACAAGUUCCAACGGUGUAUCCACCCAUUCCAGAAUCCACCAAAGGAAUCACCGAAGAGCACCUUCCAAACAUCAAGGAGUUACCUCCAUUCCAUAAGCACCCACCACCACCACCGCCGCCACACUUACCACCACUACUCAAGCCGCCGCCUCCACCACCACCAGUUCCUUAUAAGCCUCCACCACCUCCACCACCACCGCCGAUACCACCCAUGCCUCUGAUGCCCCCUCCGAUUUGUACGAGCCACCAAUUUACUUACGAGAAAGUAAUUGGCCAUGACGUGCGUGGGGGCAGAAGAGAAAGGGUUCCAACGAGGGUGCCUGUUGGCGUCGUGCAAUCCUGCCAAGCCGAGUGCCAAAGGCUGGGAGAAAGAUGCCAAGGAUUCGUAGUUCAGUAUAAGAGUUAUCAGAACUGUUACGUAAUUUUACGAGAUCCUACUGAUGAACCGAUACUGAUACCGUCGUUUGAUUCUGUAUAUUUCAACAAAGUCUGUCUCAGAGAAAAAGCGUGUCAGAAGCUCUGGAGUUUCGAGAGAUACCUGCACCACGAGAUGCAUUCGGAACCCAUUCGAGAAACUUCGGAAGUCUUGGAAAGAACCGACUGCGAAGACUUGUGUCUUCGGGAGAGACCACAUUGCAAAUCGGCUGUUUACAAUUACGUCGAAAGAACUUGCUUUCUUUACGCAGACACGAAACGAUCAGCAGCGAAUAGAUUUGCCUACUCCAACGAAGAAGUGGAAUAUCUUGACAAUCAGUGUUCAGCAGAUUCACCAACGUGUCAAUAUCGCGACUUCCCGGAUCGUUUUUUACCUCAACUGGACCGGCUCUCCAGAGCCUUCAACUUGAAGGAUUGCCAACGACAGUGCGACACGGAACGCGAUUUCACCUGCAGAUCCAUCAACUUUGAAAUGGUGGCAAGAGAUUGUGCCCUCAGCAGCGAAGACAUAUCAAGCCUCCCACAAGGCAUCAGUGCCCUACAACCAAGAAGGAACUCGCUUUACAGCGAAAAAGGAAGUUGUGAACAAGUAUCAGUUCAAUGUAAUCCACAAGACAUGCUGCUAACAAUUCACUUCGACAGUCCAUUCCAUGGAAGGGUAUAUGCAAAAGGAAACCCAUCGCAGUGCUUUGUAGUUGGCACAGGUCAAACCAGCUUGCAAUUUGCCAUUUCCAUGGGUGCCCGCUGUGGAACAACGCCUGAAUCGAACGACCAGUUCGUGAAUGAGGUGGUUGUCCAGCAGCACCCAGUCAUCAUGACAGACCAUGACAAAACGAUCAAAGUGGUUUGUUCAUUCGAAACGCAAGAGAGGACGUACACUAUGGCAGGGCCUGGAGUUGGAGGCCCAGGUGUUGACGUAGCUCGAACAUACAACAAAGCUCCGCUAACUGCUGUCGUGACGAACACUGCUCCCCCUCCCAACGUCGCCAUGAGAGUGUUGGAUCGAACUGGGAAAGAUGCUAGAACUGUUGGAUUAGGAGAAGAACUGACGCUUAAAAUAGAGCUUCGAGAACCUUCAAGUGCAUUUGCCAUAUUUGCUAGAAAUUUAUAUGCUCGUAGUUCUAACGGAGAGUCACUAUUUUUGAUCGACAGUUCGGGGUAA